AGCAAAUGGAUUUUUGCCACUGCAGCUCAGCAGAGGGUGUCAGAUCUUUCAGAGUGCACCAGGCUGGAACGAGCAGAGCCUCUUAGCAGCUCACUCACUCCUUCUCUCAGACACACACAGGCAUAUACACUGGCGUGUACUGUAAUCUGACAGCCUGAAUACUCAAGAACAGGGAGGAAAAGGAGCGAAGACGGAAAAGGGGCCCGGGUGAAAUGGACAGCAGAGAAACGCAGCGAUUGCGGAUAUUUUGCAGCGCCAUUGGUUUGCUAGAGAAUGUUUAGACUGGGGCGUGAUUUCAGCACCAAGAGGCUGUGAACAGCGCACACAGGGAUUGGAGAUCGAUAGAGGCAAAGGGUUCCGGCAGCCCCAAUUCAGCUUUUAUCCGCACACAGCGGAAUCGACACAAAGCGGGGGGAAGGCAAGGUCGCUUCCCGCUCUCCCCCUGAACAUUCCAGCCGACCCCUACGCCUCUCUGUCUGUCUGUCUGUCUGUCUGUAGCAUGGCUGUGCCCAACAACUGCGGUAUAGUCACUGCCACGGCGCAGAUUUGUAGAAGCUGACAGAUAUUGUCGGCCAAUUGAUUACUCGGAUGCUUUUGUUUGGUGUGUGUGCUGCUGCUGCUGCUGCUGCUGUAUAGUUCCUCAACUAGCCGGGCGGCCAGGUCAUUGGUGGAUGUACAAUACAGACACCCGUCUGGGAUUAUCGCAGUGGAUAUUCUCGUCGCUCCCAUAUUUUUUAUUUCGGGGAUAAAUAAAAUACUUGCGAGACUCGAAGAAUCUCUCACGGAGAUGGAUUGUUAACCCUUUGCCAUGCGAUCGGGGAUGACUUGCUCUGUUUAAAAAUGCUGCUUUGGAUUCUGCUGCUGGAGAUAUCUCUUUGUUUGGCCACUGGAAACGUUACCAGAGACGUCUGCAAAGAAAGGUUGUGUUCUUGUAACGAGGUCGAGGGGGACCUGCACGUUGACUGUGGGAAAAAGGGAUUCUCCAACUUGCAGCGUUUCUCGGCUCCGACGUCCCAGUUCUACCAUCUGUUUCUGCACGGGAAUUCUUUAACGAGGCUUUUCCCCAAUGAGUUUGCCAACUUUUACAAUGCCGUCAGUUUGCACAUGGAGAACAAUGGUCUGCACGAGAUAGUGCCCGGCUCCUUCCUGGGGCUGCAGCUGGUGAAACGCUUGCACAUUAAUAACAACAAGAUCAAGUCGUUCAGGAGACACACGUUCCUGGGACUUGAUGACCUGGAGUAUCUCCAGGCUGACUUCAACCUGCUCAGAGACAUUGACCCGGGAGCUUUCAGGGACCUGAACAAGCUGGAGGUUUUAAUUUUAAACGACAACCUCAUUAGCACACUCCCUACUAAUGUGUUCCAGUAUGUGCCCAUUACGCACCUGGAUCUGCGGGGGAACAGAGUUAAGACCUUGCCUUAUGAGGGGGUCUUGGAACAGAUCCCAGGCAUAGCCGAGAUUCUUUUGGAAGACAACCCGUGGGACUGCAGUUGCGAUCUUUUAUCGCUAAAGGAGUGGCUAGAAAACAUCCCAAAGAAUGCGCUGAUCGGCAGAGUCGUUUGUGAAGCUCCCACUAGGCUUCAGGGAAACGAUUUGAAUGAAACGACAGAGCAAGAAUUGUGCCCCUUAAAAAACGCAGUGGAUUCCAGUUUGGCCGCCCCUCCUGCCCAAGAUGAAACCUAUGAUCCUGGGCCAAUCCCGACCCCUUUUAAAAUCGGUGGACAAGACGAAUCUGCCACUCCAAGCUCCUCAGUAAACGGGGGCACCAAAAUCCCUGGGAACUGGCAAAUAAAAACUCGGCCCACAGCUGUCAUGUCGGAAAUUCACUCUCAUCUGAAACCACCUCAUGCCUUUGCAUGUCCAGCUGUCUGCAGUUGUGGGCAGCAAAUCCUAGGGCCUGGAUUGAAAGUCGACUGCAGCAACAAAAAUGUCAAAAGCCUGGCUGACCUGGAGCCCAAACCCCCAAACGUACAGGAAUUAUUUCUGAGGGAGAACAAAAUUCACACCAUUCGCAGAUCCCACUUUGUGGAUUAUGGUAACCUAACUUUGCUGGAUCUGGGAAACAACAACAUAGGUAUGGUGGAAAAUAACACAUUUCAGAAUCUCACUGAUCUCCGCUGGUUGUAUAUGGAUAAGAACUGCAUAGACACUCUCAUGCCAGAUAAAUUCAUUGGUCUGCAGAGCCUGGAAUAUCUCAAUCUGGAAUUUAACUUUAUUCAGCUGAUUCUGCCAAACACUUUUAAUCCAAUGCCUAAUCUUAGGAUCUUGAUCCUAAACAAUAAUCUUCUUAAAUCUCUGCCCGUGGAUGUGUUCGCUGGUGUAAGUCUUUCGAAAUUAAGUCUUCACAAUAAUUACUUUAUGUAUCUCCCAGUGGCUGGGGUAUUGGAUCAGCUCACUUCUAUCAUACAGAUAGAUCUACAUGGCAACCAGUGGGACUGCUCCUGCAAUAAUGUGCCUUUUAAACAGUGGGCAGAGCGCCUUGGCCCAGAGGUAAUUGUAAGUGAUCUAAAAUGUUAUUUCCCAGAGGAGUUCUGGGGGAAAGAUUUCAGGUUUCUUUCCAAUGAUAUGAUGUGCCCACUACUGUAUGCAAAAAUGUCCCCAACUCUUAAUCCCCUUCAUAAAAAUAGUAGUGGCUCAGCAGAGACCAACACUCAUCCCAAUUCCUACCUUGAGACCAGCAGGGUGUCCAUAUCUGUGCUGGUCCCUGGACUUCUGCUGGUGUUUGUUACCUCUGCCUUUACAGUAGUUGGUAUGCUCGUAUUUAUCCUUAGAAACAGAAAGAGAUCGAAGAGAAGGGAUGCCAACUCCUCUGCUUCUGAAAUCAAUUCCCUCCAGACAGUAUGUGAUUCUUCAUACUGGCACAAUGGACCCUAUAAUACAGAUGGCACCCAUAGAGUUUAUGAUUGUGGCACCCACUCCUUGUCAGACUAGACAUGUUAGGGUGGGUUAAAGGAAGGGUGGUCGGGGGGGUUUGAGUAGAGGGAUACACUGCACCCCGAUGCUAUCACUUCUUAAAUGGACGCAAAUGUUGUUGUGCAUUGCUGUAACAUUCGCUACAAUUGUGCAAUUUCCAUGAAAUAGGAAUUGUUUCAAAGCUACCUUAUUGUGAAUAAAAACGAAAAAAAAACAAAACAAACAAAAAAAACCCAGACAUCUGUCAAUACUCAAACGGUUUGUUAAAGAGACAGUUGCUAGGCGGCCUGCUGUGUUAUUCACAUGAGAAAGAAUUGUGAAUGUCAGAAUAUGCUACUUGGGGUUGAAAGGCUGGAAUGUGGGGGAAUAACCAUGCGACGUCUGCUCUCUGCUGUGUUGGUGCAAGAGGGUGAACGCUGUACGAAGGCAUGAAUGUAAUGUAUAUAAGAGACUAACUAAACCAAGUGCUGCAUGGCUCGCAUGGAUACAACGUACCCCAGGGUCGCUCAAGUGAACUGGAGAUCACAUCUGGGCACACCAUCCCUUUUGACCCCCACAAGUCUCAUCUUCUCCAGCUAUCUCUAUACACUAGUGGUAUACUUAAAGUGCCAUUGCUCUAUCUUUUGUGAUGGAAUCGCAGUACUAUCAUACUUUUACUGUGAAAGAACCAAUGUACUGUUUUAUUUAAGACGUGUUUGCAUGAAUAUUCAAAUCAGUUUUUUUUUUAAUUUCUUGACUUCCCAUUCUUUUUUUAUUUGCAAAAUAUUCAGUGUUCCUUUAAAAGAAAAAAAAACAUAUCUACCGAUGCAUUUUCAUUCUGAAUGUACAAUGAUUUCUUGAUUAUGGUUACAGUGUAAGCAAUCAAAGGUAUUCCGGUUCAGAUGAGCAUGAUGAGUUAAUGUCAUUUUGUUGUUUCAGAGAAGAGGUUUUAUUUAAAAAAAAAAAAUAUGGAGGAGUUGAAAUUAAAUGGAGGAAAUAAUGUUGAAAAGCAGUAAUUAUAUUCAAAAAUUUUAUAAUGGCAUAUUUUUCAGUAUUAAAGUGAAAUGUUUCCAAA